AUGGAUGGAGCAACAUAUGUUUGUAUAAAACAGUUUAAUGCCAGGUUAGGUGAUGAAAUCAGUCUCAAAAUCGGUGAUAAAAUACAGGUUUUAGCUGACGACCAUGAAUACAAUGAUGGUUGGUAUAUGGGUAAAAACUUGUUAACUGGUGCUGUGGGACUAUAUCCCAAGAGCUUUACUCAAAUAUUAUCAAAUAAUACUGAUGAAAAGACUUUGUUAAGAUCUAGAUCAAGAAGAGUUUUAACACCUCCUGGCAAACAAAUGAAUAAUGGUGAUCAUCAGAGUAGUGGCUCAACUGAAGCCAACAACAGUCCCAAUACUCAUAAUGCACCUAAUGUACCUAGUAAAUUGAAUCCAAACAAUUCUCAAGACUCCAUUCCUACUCCUUUGAAGGAGUCUUUUGAUAAAUUAUCAGUAAAGGAUAAUAAUUCUAGUAAUACCAGUGGUGGUCACCAUAUGAUUAAUGAUGAAAUUGACAAAGCUUUGAAAGAGUUACAGGGAGAUAAUAACCAAUCUAAUGGCUCCACAUACAACAACAGUGGCAGCGGCAGCAGCAGCAACAACGACUACAAGCCAAAACAGUCAAGUGUGGCUUCAAACAACUACAGCAAGUCCCACGCUAGAAAUCCAUCCGAACAAUCCUUAACCGAUGAUUUGAAUCCGUUGCAAGCACAUAAUUGGACCCCAAAGCAAGUGUCAUCAUACUUUGCGUUGGUUUUGGGGUUCAGUCCUGAAAUUGCUAGCAAAUUUGCUAAACACAAAAUUACAGGGGCCAUUUUAUUUGAAAUGGAUUUAGGCCACUUGAAAGAAUUGGAUAUUGAUUCAUUUGGUACUCGAUUUGAAAUUCAUAAAGAGGUUGAAAAGUUAAAAGAAAUGAAUCUUCGAUCACAAAAGUUGAAACUGCAAUCAAGAGUGAAUUCUAUCAAUAGGACCGAUACGACUUCUUCUACUUUGAAUUCAGGACCUACUGAAGACACAACUUACCCUGACAUAGAUGAAAAACCGUUGAAGUCGAACCAACUGGAUGUAUUACAAUCAAAUGAAAAACAAAAUGAGCUUAUGCCUUCUGCAUUACUGGAAGACACCUCCGACUCAACCAUAAAACAUUCAAGAAACAGGUCUCUUUCAAUGGACAACUUAUCAAAACACAAUAUUGAAGGAUCUUUUGCUUCACCUAGAAAAGCUCCACAACCACCAGCGGGAGAUAGUCCCCUCAACUCUGGUUACAAAUUUGGAUACGGAAGUCAAUCUCCAUAUAAUAAUGACGAUAAACCGAGCGGCUUGUACAUGACUCGUACAAAUGCCUCAGCACAUGCUUUGUCAAGACCUCCUUCUUCAGUUUACGAUCAAGCAUCACACAGCAGACAAGUGUCACAAGCCUCCAAUAGCCAUCAAAAGAAGCUGUCAGUAUCAAACAAUCAUAAAAGACAUUCUUCCCUUUUCUCGUUCUUCUCAGGAAAUGAGGAUGGAGACAAACAGAAUAGUAGCACUCCAACUCAAGGACAAACAAAGUUGCACAGUAAAAAUAUACAAAGAGACGAGAGCGGUUGGUCUAAUGGAAAUAAAUUAAUAUCCCCAGCACAAAUUAAACGUGAAAAUAGUUCCAUGGCAAACUCACCAAAGAGAAGAUCUCAAUUGUUUGAUUUAUCGAAUUCUCCUAUUCAUAUAGAUGAUGCAGGGUUAUCACCAAAGAAGCUGAAAUCAGUAUCAGUGAGAGCAAAGUCGUCUGAUGCUUUGAAAGACGACAACAAGCGUAUUGCUAGUGAUUCGCAAGCAAACCUUUCCAACACACGUCCUGGCGCUUCACGAUUAAAGAGUCUACGUACCACCUCCACUCAAAAUAUUCGUAACUUAACGGGUUCGAAGAAACUGAAAACAUCCGCAUUUACUGAAGGUAUUCGUGAAGUAACGCCCGAUGAGGCUAUAAAGACAGCAAACUAUAGUGGUUAUAUGGCUAAACGAUCGGGAAAUACUUUCGCUUGGAGAUCAAGAUAUUUCACGCUACAUGGUACAAGGUUGUCUUACUUUACCUCAUUAAAAGAUAAGAGGGAGAAAGGGUUGAUUGAUAUAACUGCUCACAAAGUCAUACCUAUCAAUAGUGAUGCUGAAGAUUUGGAUAAAGCUGAUAAAUAUGCGGCAAUGGUGGCUUCGACUACAAUGGCAGGUAACUACUGUUUCAAACUUGUACCACCAGCACCAGGUUUCAAAAAGGGUCUUACCUUCACCCAACCAAAGACGCAUUAUUUUGCUGUUGAUUCCGAAGAAGAGAUGAGAGGCUGGGUUAAAGCUUUAAUGACUGCAACUAUCGAUAUUGAUGACUCAGUACCAGUGGUUAGUAGCUGCUCAACACCAACAGUUAGUUUGAGUAAAGCUCAAGAAAUGUUGGCCAAAACUCGAGAAGAGAAUAAAAUGAAGGAUGAGGAGUUGCGAGCUAAAGGUUACAUCAGGGUGGAUGAAGAUUUUGGUAAUGAUUCAUCUUUCCAAGCGUCAAUGUAUUCAUCAUCUACUUUGGCACCAGAAAGGAUACCACCAAAAUUGUCGAUAGAUACUCAAAACAACAGAUACAGUACAAGUACGUUGAAUGCUCCACCAAAGACGCCAAAUUUACCUGGCUCACACAAUCUGGGUGGAUUUGCUUCCCCUUACUUAUUAGCAUCGGGUUAUCUUUCGUCACCUAAAUCAGGGAACUUCUCAUCAAACAGUGGAACUCCAGUUACUACCAAUUCAGGCUAUUUCGCUGAUAGUGUUGAUCAACGGCCAUUGAGACCACCAUCAAUUCAACAAUCUCCGUACGAAAGGACAACAAGCGGGUCAUUUAAUCCGUAUGCAAAUAAUAAUGAAGCCACAUCUACGCCAUACUCAACUGCAUCCUCGACAAAUUCCCAAACUAAUAAUGGAAAUACCAAUAGCAAUGGUACUACCUCACCAAAUGUGAGUUCAUUUAGUCAAAAUUCCAAAAAGGAUGAAGUAUCGGAGUCAAGUGCUUCCAAUGGCGGUACAACCAGCAAUAAACCACUUUUAUCUAACUCCUCAGGUAGAUUAAUGAGUGGUAACAAGAAAAGAGAAAAGAUGAUGGCUUUUAGUAGUGAUGAUUCGGGUAACCACACAUUUGUAAUAAAACCAAAGAAGUAG